CCUUUCCCUAUCCUAUGCUGUGUAUGUAUCAACCGUCGCUUCCAAACGGCGAAAACGCUUCAAUGAUCGGGCACGAACAGAAAAUGUCCACCUGUCUCGUCUUCCGGAACCGUCGUUCUUAGCCUGUGCUUCUUUGGGGGCGUGAUGACAACGGGAGCAGCCCAGGAAGUAGUAAGGGAAAGGGUGGAAUGGCGAACAGAACACAAACGCAGCCGCCAGUGGCGGCGGAGACAUUACGUUGCUGGGAGCGUGAUCAAGCCCAGUUGAAGGCAGAUGUGAUUGACCAAGACACCCAGGAGUGGCAGAGCAAUCCCUCCUUUGCUGGGCUGGAGAGAGUUGGUGGAGUGGACCUGUCUUAUGUCAAAGAAGAUGACACAAGUGCCUGUGCUUCUCUGGUGGUGCUCAGCUACCCAGACCUUGAGGUCCUGUACGAAGAUUGCUGCAUGGUGGCUGUGAGCGCUCCAUAUGUGGCAGGUUUCCUGGCCUUCCGAGAAGUCCCUUUUCUUGUGGAGGCAGUGCAGCGAUUAGAGGAAAAAGAGCCUGGCCUCAGGCCUCAGGUUCUCCUUGUAGAUGGAAACGGUAUACUUCAUCAUAGAGGGUUUGGCAUUGCCUGCCAUCUUGGUGUGCUCACAGGUCUUCCCUGUAUUGGUGUAGCGAAAAAUCUCCUGCAGGUUGAUGGUCUGGCUAAUGAUGAGCUGCACAAGGAACAAAUCCAAGAUCUUCAGGCAGGAGGAGACACAUUCCCCUUAUUGAAUACUUCAGGGAGAAUCUUGGGUAUGGCCUUGCGCAGCUAUGCCAAGAGCACCAAACCUGUGUACAUCUCUGUGGGACACAAGAUGAGUCUCCAGUCAGCCGUGCACCUGGUCCAUUCCUGCUGCAGGUAUCGGGUUCCUGAGCCCAUCCGGCAGGCAGACAUAAGAUCCAGAGAAUACAUCCGGAAACAUUUGGAGGCCAUUUCUGCACUGCCUCAGCCUGAGAGGAUGAGUGAAGACAAACACUCUGAACAUUAACUGCAAUAUCAAGGACGUUUUUCACAAUCUCUUCAUCCAAACAAGUGGCAGAACAACCUUCUGGCUGGCUUACUACUACAACUACUGAAUUCUACUACUGCUGCUGAUUUCUUUGUGCAGAACUACAACAGAGGACACAAGUUAUGUGCAAAUCUCCAUCCCAGGGCUGCUCCCCACAUUUUGCAGCAGGAAAAUCUGUGUUUGUCUCCUAGAGGAAGUUUAACUCUUUUGGUCCCUGCCACAGGCCCAUCUCUUUUCUGAUAUUACUGUUUACUACUGUUUACAGUUCAGAGGAAGCACCAAUGGAAAUGCAAAUAGUAGUUUUGGAGAAGUAAUUUUUCUUGGGAGCACCCCGGAGGGGGGAGUUAAAUCCCCCAAAAAACAUACAGGCUACUUGCAUUUAUGCAACUAAAGUCACCUCUAGUUUGGGCUUCAGUUGGGAAACUGCACCCUCUCCAAGUGUCUUAGAAAACAUACACGUCUAACAACCGGUAUAUGGCAGGUUACUAUAUUAUAUUUUUAUAUUUACACAUUUGGUGAGCCCAUCUUAAAUAUAUAAUGUGUGAAGAAGCCACAAGUCCUACUGAAAGGACUACAAGUGAAGGAGUGGUAAGGGAGAGUAAGACCUGCGCAUGUGAACUUCUGUUCCUAACUCUUUUGCUGACGCAGACACCUACAGCUUAAGAAGAACUAAUUGCUUCUGUUUGCAAGAUUUAAUAUUUUAGAUCUUUGAUUUAUAAGUGAAGUGCUGAAAAGAAACCUUUGCUGGUCAUCCUUAUGAAUGAUUGUAUUUAUGCCCCUUUGUGCAGUUUGCCAACAUCCUAGAACCUGUCCUUGAUUCUACAAUAACAAACCAGAGACUGUAAGAUAAUAGGGAAAUAAGGCAAAAGAUUGGGAUUUCAAGGGAGGGAUUUUUUUAUUAAGAGUUGCAAGUUUAGCAAAGCAACAUGGCUCUUGUCAUUUGGCCAGUGUUACUGCCUGUUGAGCUUUUUUUAGAGAUAAAGAAGGCUCAGCCUCCUGGCUUGCCUCCCCCCCCCACUCUGUCUGCAUGAUCGUUGAUGCCACUUUCACACCUCCCUUGGUGACAGAUUCUGAAUCCCCAACUCCUGAUGAUCCCAGCAGAUGGAUGGUGAGAGGACUUUGUGUUAUCGUGUGGGUGUGUAGCUUGCGGAAGCCAACAAUCUGCUGCCUUGUUUUGUAGGAGACUGGGUCUACAUUCAGGCUGCAGAGUAGCUUAUAUCUUGCCUGGCGCAUCAUUUAGGCCACCCUUAGCCUGCAGGAUUAACAGUGUUUUGCCUCUGACCGUUGAUGUUGCAAUGGCCAGCAUGGUCUUGUGGCAGUUGUGAGUAGCUCACAGGAACUGCAGAGAGGAGGGUGUAGGAGGUGUGUUGGGUGCAUGCCUUGUCCUGGCAUCCUACUGGCAGAAGUCUGUCCAUGAAUACCCAUGGAACACACCACACCCCUCAUCAUGUGGGACUACAGAACCAGCCAAUGCGUGGGCUCCUCGUCCUCUGCUCAUUUCACCCCUGAGAUCUAUGCCAGAGCAUUUCUGACAAUAGCACUUAGUUGUGACCUAUGACUGCAUCUGUAGCAGUAAUCUCUUUCUCCUCCCCUCCCCCACCCCGCCAUCAGAAUUGCUAAUUCUCUUCACUCCCAUCCCACAGUCCACCUGUUAGGCAAGGCCUGAGUGUCUUCCUUGCAUGUUGCAUUCAGCCUGUGACUCUUCGUUUUGAUCUGCAGCCCCCACUUCAUCUCCAGCUACGUAGCCCGGUCCUCAGCAUCCUUUCCUUCAAUCCCAUUCCACAGUCCAUCUGUUAUCCUGAGCUUUGGGUCUCCCCCUCUUUUUCCAUUUAUCAUGAUCUUCCAUUCCAGCUUCACUAUCGCUGCCACCUUCUUAACUCCAGUCUGCAGCUCCCUCCUCUUCCAACAUCUUGACUCCCCCCCCAUCUCUAUGCUGCUGCUGCUGACACUCAAAUCCUGAUGCUAGGCUGAGCUCCCUGUCCCAAUGAAUAUCCUGGCUGGCCCGACAGUAUCCAAGAUGCCUGGGUACCCAAUGGAGCAUUGCCUUUGCCAGCCUUCCCCAUAAGGUUGCCAGGUCAGAAGCCUCAGUGGCAUCUCGUAGAGGACACCCUCCCCUUUCCUGGGGUAUAUGAUUUGUGCUGUCCCAGAGCAGAUUUCGGGGUGGGUACCCCCAGUUACUUAUUUUUUUCUAUGUGUUUUUGUCCAUUUUGAUUUUGCAUUGAUGCACCCGUGCGUGCCCAGUGCCCAGCAGAAGCUCUGGGCCGGACAGGAUGCACUGGCAUCUCGUAGAGGACACCCUCCCCUUUCCUGGGGUAUAUGAUUUGUGCUGUCCCAGAGCAGAUUUUGGGGUGGGCACCCCCAAUUACUUAUUUUUUCCUGUAUGUUUUGGUCUGCUUUGAUUUUGCAUAGAUGCCCUCCUCCGUGCCCUGGGCCCAGCAGAAGCUCUGGGCCAGGCGGUAUGCAGUGGCUUCUCGUAGAGGACACCCUCCCCUUUCCUGGGGUAUAUGAUUCAUCCUGGCCCAGAGCAGAUAUUGGGGUGGGCACCCCCAGUUACUUAUUUUUUAUGAUUUUAUGACAUCAUUAUGUAUUUAUGAUAAUAUCAGAAGCCUGAUGAUUUUGAUUGCAUAAAUGUAUUGUUAUUCUUGAUGGGGAGAGUCCCCCGAUCACAGUGAUAUAUCAUACAGGGUACCCCAACAUAUAUUUUGGGGUUCAGAGACAUGUUAAGUUUGGUUUGAAGUUGCUGUAGUUGUCAACUCUUCUUUUUUAGUGUUUUGAACUUUCAAGCAAAUAAGGAACUGGGAACUAGGAACCAACUUCAGCGUUGUGUCAGUUAAAUAGAUUAAACAGUCGUGGGGGGUGGCGGCUGACAUUUUGGUGUAUAUCUCGGGAACCAGACCACCUAGAAACUUAAAUAUUUUUUUAAUUGAAGCUGAGAGUCUGGAGAUUAAGGGGUGCUAGCCAGAGAGCCGGAGGGGCCCCCCUAAAACUGGAGACUCCGGCCGAAAACCGGAGACCUGGUAGCUCUACUUCCCCAGCAGCUCCCUCUUCACUCAGUGCGAGGCACAAAGGCCCAGCGCUGUCAAGGAGCCAGCAGGAGCAAAAAGUCCUUGCAGCUGACAUUUUCUUUUGACUGCAGCCACAAUCUCAGCUCUCAGGGGUGGGGAGCUCAGCUGUGUCUCAAAGCUGGGGUGGAAGGAAAAGGGCUAGAGAGGGGAGGGACUUUAACCACUUCUGCCACUUAACCGUUUUGUGAUGGGGAAGGAUCUGCAAAGUCUAAUUAACGAGCUCUGCCUGCAAAAGCAAAUUCCAUCUGGCCAAAUGAGAUGGUGCCAUCUGUGCACAGCUGUUGAGGUGGAAGUGCCUGAGCCCCCUCCCUCCCCGGCCAUCCACCAGAUGGGUCCAUCCAUCAUUCCAUGACUCCACCUGCUUGCUCACACUGGUGUUCGUUGCUUUGGAACUGGAAGGUCUCUUGCCAUGGUAUAUAGCAAGGCCAUUUGGAAGGAAGUCCACAAGCUAUCAGGAAAGGGUGGGAAGGGAGAGAAAAGAGAAAGGGAUCCCCUACUUAGCCUGCUUUCUUAGUGCAAAAGACCAACUUUAGCAAGGGGUUGAAGAGCAACAGGGCGUGGCAAGGGGCCUGUGGACUGAACUGAUGCCACUUCCUCCAUGGCUUCGAGACACCUUCCUCCACCACCCAACGUUCUUCAUGGCUUCUGUGCCUUUGAGUGUUGUGGACUCAGGAAGGAGCCUCCUGGAGCUUUAGAUGAGACAGGAAGGAACCACUUGCAGCUUGUGUCAGCUAGAUGCUUUUUUUUUUGCCCCCUUCCCUUCCUCCACAGUCAGCAGGAGGAUGGGAGGGAAAUGCCUUCCUCCUUGGAUCUCUUCUGCCUGCCACAAAAAGAAACAGAAUGUUUAUUUUUCAAAGCUCGUUUCUGACUCCAGAAUUCUCCCUUCUGUCUCCCACUUUGGGUUGAUCUUCCCUUUUUCACUUUAGUUAUUUAGUAUGUGAGGGAUCAAAAUCCUCAUUUUCUUUUUAUCGUGUUUCGUUUUCUUCUCUUCACCCAUGGCUCAGUGGAUCACCUUCAAGAAGUGUGAGGACAAAGUCCCUUCAAUGGAUGGCUGCUCUGCAAUCUGAUCCAGCCGGGGGGGUGGGGAGGUGCAGAAUGUUGAGGACUGCACACACACAAAAAACAACUCUCCACCUUUGGCUGCUGUCCCAAAGUAGUAGCUAUUGAGUUCCAUCUAAGUCAAGGCAUAGUAGGUGCAGUUUUCUUCCACAAGCCAAAAUACAAGAAGGAGCAAACCUUCCAUACCCUUGACAUCUAUAAAGCUUCUCCUUCAUUUGGAGAGGAUCUCUUUUGCUUAUAAUAUCAGCGUGGGAGGUGCAGAGACAUUACAAGUAGUUUGUGUGUAUCAUGUCCUUUUCAACAUUUUUAUUAAUGACUUGGAUGAGGAGAUACCGAGAGUGCUUAUCAAAUUUGCAGAUAAUACAAAAUUGGGAGGGAUAGCUAAUACCUUGGAAGACAGAAACAAAAUUCAAAGGGAUCUUGAUAGGCUGGAGUAUUGGGCUCAAAACAAUAGAAUGAAAUUUGAUAGGGACAAGUGGAAAGUUCUACAUGUAGGAAAAAGAAACCAAAUCCACAGUUAUAAGAUGGGGGAUUCUUGGCUCAGCAAUACUACAUGCAAGAAGAAACUUGGGAUUGUUGUUGAUCACAAGCUGAAUAUGAACCAACAGUGUGAUAUGGCUGCAAAUAAGGCAAGUUUUAUUUUAGGCUGCAUUAACAGAAGUACUGUAUAGUUUCCAAAUCACAUGAAGUAUUGCUUCUCCUCUAUUUGGUACUGAUUAGGCCUCAUCUUGAGUACUGCGUCCAGUUCUGGACACCACAAUUUAAUAAGGAUGCAGACAAACUGGGACAGGCUCAAAGGAGGGCAACAAGGAUGGUCAAGGGACUGGAGACAAAGGCCUAUGAGGAGAGAUUGAAAAAAAUGGACCUGUUUAGCCUUGAGAAGAGGAGACUGAGGGGAGAUAUGAUUGCACUCUUCAGUACUGCAGUACUUGAAAGGUUGUCACACAGAGGUUCUACUCGAUCUUCUCUUCUUGAUCGUCCCAGGGUGCAGGACACGGAAUAAUGGGCUCAUGUUACAAGCCAGAUUUCAAGUGAAUAUCAGGGAAAACCUCCUGUUAGAACGGUACAACAAUGGAACCAAUGACCUUUUUUUCUUUUCUUUUGGGUGCCAUUGGUUUUAGCUAUGGGUGGGUUCGGUUUCGUUUUAUAUUAUAGUUCUUGGGUUUUUAUGUAGUUCGUAUGUUGUAUUUUACUUUAUCUUGUACGCCGCCUAGAGUGGCCGCUUGUGCGGCCAGAUAGGCGGCCUA